CGCAGUUUGGAUCAUGUUUAUCAACCGCUCCUCUUUUCCCACGCACCGAUUUGUGGAAUAUUGCCAGUUUCUGGAGAAAUCGUUAUAAUAAAUUGGAUAAGGAAGCGCUUAUGUGAACAUGCUCUGUGUGUGAGGCCUUUCCAAAGGACAUGAGGGUUCGAUCCCUCCAAGAGCCGGAUAUCUAUGGUUCCCAUCUCCUUUCAUCCCAUUACUGAUUCUGACCACAAAAACUCCCCCCCCUCCCCCAGUCAUCUUCUAAUUCAUGACACAGCUGGAUGCAUCAUCUGUGCGUGCACUCUCCGAGCGUCUCCUCGUAGCCUCGCACAAGGGCCGAACUGAUCAUGUUGUUCAGCUCAUCAACAAAGGGGCCAAGGUAGCCGUUACCAAGAACGGCAGAACACCUCUGCAUUUGGCUGCUUAUAAGGGCCAUAUUGCUGUUGUAAGGAUUCUGCUUGCAGCCGGUUGUGACCUGGAUAUUCAAGAUGAUGGUGAUCAGACAGCCAUACACAGGGCAGCUGUGGUGGGCAACACUGAGGUCAUCUCAGCACUCAUUCAGGAAGGGUGUGCACUAGAUAGACAGGACAAGGAUGGGAACACAGCAUUACACGAGGCGGCGUGGCAUGGCUUCAGUCAGUCUGUCAAACUGUUGGUGAAGGCUGGAGCCAAUGUUCACGCUAAAAACAAGGCAGGGAACACUGCUCUUCAUCUGGCGUGUCAGAACGGUCAUGCUCAAAGCUCUAAAGUUCUGCUGCUAGGCGGCUCUCGCCCGGACAGUAACAACAAUGUUGGCGACACAUGUCUGCAUGUGUCAGCGCGCUAUAAUCAUUUGACUGUGACCCGAGCACUGCUGGGUGCCAUCUGCUCUGUGACUGAAAGAAAUCACGUUGGGGACACGGCUUUACAUAUCGCAGCUGCUGUGAAUCACAGGAAGACCGUACGAAUGUUACUGGAGGCUGGAGCUGACAGCAGCAUCAAAAACAAUGCGGGAGAGACAGCUCUCGAUCAGGCACGGGAGAAUGAUAAUCCUGAAGUGGCACUGCUGCUAACCAAAGCCCCACAGAGCUUCACUCGUGGACGGACUGUGAGGAAGAGGAGGGACAGGAUGAAGACUGAGGGUCGAGCGCAGUCAGUCCCACGUGACGAGAUGAUGCAGAGAAAGGACAGCGUAUCUCCAGCACAUGAAAUACAUGGCAGCAACAAUUCACUCCGCCGAAAUGAGGCCGCAUAUGUCACAGAGGCACACGAAAACAAAAACUACAAGAAGAAAGUCAAAGAGAGGCAGUCCCCAUCAGAUGCCCUCAUCAGAAGGCAAAGUAAACACACUGAUCGUAAGCAGAAGAGUAAAAUAGAGAGAUCUGUUCCAUCAACUGCUCCUCAUAACUACAAGGCCUAUCAGCUCUAUACUCUCUACAGAGACAAAGAGGGCAAGAUAAUGCAGGCCCCAUUGAAUGGCUGCAGGUGUGAACCUCUUAUUAAUAAACUGGAGAAUCAGCUCAUGGCAACUAAAGAGGAAAUGCAAUCAGAGAUUCACACAGUACAAGAACUCAUGAACAGCAAGAUUGGCCAACUGGACCGAAAGAACAAACAUCAGAUCCGAGCUCUAGAUAAGAUCACUUUAGAGCGAGUGUCAGCAGAGAGAAUCCAAUGUUUACAUCGAAUUGACAAGAGAGCAACACAAGAACGCCUGGAGGGAGAGAAGAGGCAGGCGUCAGUAGUCAAUGAUCUUAAGAACUGGUGCCUUUCUAAGAUCCAAAGUUUGGAGACGCGUCUCUCUGGCGACCGAUGUACCACCAAAUUACGGCGUUCCUCGUCCCUGAUUGACAUGCUUUCAGAUCAGGAUCCUCAUUUACACCCUGCUGAGUCGGAAUCUUCUGGGGGCAGAACACGUUACUGUGCCUCAACAAAACAACCAGAGGCAACAGACAGAGGUGAGACUGCAGCAGCGACACCAUCUGCUAAGGACGGAUCAGCCAGUUACUAUGUGAUUAAGGUGGAUGUCUCACCAGACGAUAAGCAGCCAUCACAGAAUCAGUCUGCGCCACAGUCUCCUUGUAUAGUUCGGCCUAAACAAAGAUCAAGGGCAAGUAGUGACCCUCACAGAGCACAAGAUGAAUGGCAGGACACCAGUCUGGAGCAAGAAUGUGUGCUAGAUCACAAGAACCUAAAAAAGCGCUGCCAACAAAGAGCCAAGACCAAACCAGACACACAAACUUCAAAAGGUUCAGGAGACCGCUACACCGCCGAGACAUUCUUCGCCCAGGAGCGUGAAAACAUGCACACGUUGGAGGUCACGCAGUACUUUUUUGAGGCUGUGACGCUGCAGAUGGAGCGCUGGUAUGAACGGAAGAUUGAGGAAGCACGCUGGCAAGCCAACCAGAGAGCCCAAGCUGACAGAGCCGCUCUGCAGGACAGAAUAAGCUACCUGGAAGAUGAACUGAGACUGCUGAGAACUAACAAACAGGAUGAGAGCUAGUAUUUAAUAUACAUGCUUGGGCAAAAUUCUGAAUUUAAAGCAAUAGUUCCCCCAAAAAUGAAAAUUCUGACAUUAUUUAUUCAUCCUCAUGUUGUUCCAAACCCAUAUAACUUACAUUCAAAUGUAGUGCACAAAAUGUGAUCUUCUGAAGAAUAUCCUGGCUACUCUUUUGUAUAUAAUGAAAGUGAAAGGAGACUGGGGCUAUCAAGCUCCAAUAUGGUAAAAAGUUCAAUGGAGGGGAAGAUUUUCAGUGAGUAAUAAAUUAAAUUUGGGUCCGUUUCUCACACAUCAUAUGACUUCAGAAUACUUCAAAUAUAGCGAAUGCGUCAUGAGUACUACUUUAUGGUACUUUUUUGAUGCUUGAAAGUAAUAUUGUCCAUUCAUUAUAAUUGCAUGGAAAAAAGUGACUAGAGCAAUGAAUACAAUUUUCUCCUUUUGAAGAAAAUGUCAUAUGGGCUUUGAACGACAUGAGGGUAAAUGAUGAAAGAAUUGUCAUUUGUGUGAACUAAUUCUUUAAGAAUUGGCUCCCUUUCAAUUGAUGAGUUUGAAUUUAAAUUAAAUUGGGAGGUCCCACAGGAUGUUAAAUUGGAAUUGAAAUUGGAAUGACAAGAGGAUUUUACUUCAUGCAAUUUAAAGAAAUUCAACUCUGUAACAAUUUACAUAAUUAGUCCAACAUAAGCGACAAAACAUACAGUAAUUACUUUAAUUUUGAAUAAUUACUUUUUAAUCCCUUAAACGUAGAUUUUCCCCCCUCAACUGAUUAGACAUUCAACACUGUCAAAACAAUUAACACAGCCAUUAAUUUUUUUAUUUUAUUUUGCCUUACAGCACCACAAAAUAUCCUCCUCAUUGUUUUCAAAUAACUUUAGAAAAAUGUACAUUGUAUUCAAAAUUUUAAUCUACUGAUUAAUUAAGAUUAUAAUUAAUUUAUGAAUAGCUAUAACAAAACAAGUGUACUAAUAAUAAGGUUUCUGUAAAUGUAGUAUUCCAUUUCACUGUGAUUAAUUCCAUGGUUCAUGGAAAUAAAAUGAUAUAUAGUAAGUAUAUAUAUAAAUUAAAUACAAAUGUUUAUAGUUGACAUUUCAAACUAUGUCAAAAUAUUGUCAGGAAGUGUUGCUUGUAUGAUAACUACUAAGUCUGUCCAUUUAACAAUUUAAUUAUAUAAAAAAGCAUGUGUUAAAAAAUGACCACAAUUAAUCAUUCCCCCUGACUGUCAAGCAAGCUUUAAUAACUGCAUGUUUUAGCAAGUAGAAGUCAGCAGGGGGAAGCACAACUCCUGCUCUGCAGGCCCUGGGGGAGGGGUCUCAUCAAAUAUAUGCGAUUAAUUAAAGGACAUGUAAUUAAUUCAAAUAAAACAUUUCAUUGAUUGAAAACCCUAAUGGUUACAUGUUUAUGGGUACUUCUCACUUAAACUACAUUUAUUAAGAAACACUACACUUACAGCAGUUGAUUUCUUUGAAUUUCAUUCCAUUUUAAUUCUACUUUAUUAAAAUUAUAAUUCUGCAUCCUUUAUGCUACCUCAAUUCAAAUUCAUGAACUGAAUUGGUAUUCUCAGUUGAGUUCUGAGUGGUGCACAGCCCUGAUAGUAUAACACUGGUGUAGUAGACACUGUAAUUUACAAAGCUCCGAAUGGAUUAGCUAAAUUCAAUAAAGCUGCUAACAAAUUUGGCCAAAGUAGCUGCUAAAAAAUAAUUUCUAUGAAACUCUACACAAGGACAUUAAUGCAAAUGCUUCUAGCUCAAUUUCACAUUGUUGUGUUAUUAAAAUGUGUCCGUGCAAUUUAUAGCACAACACAAGUACAUGCUGCAUUCUCAGCGCUACCGUUAGGAGUGUUAUUGCGGGCAUUUGUGUAAGCUGUCUUUCUCCUACAGUCGGUUUUCCCUCUCAGGUAUCUCAGAUAAUUUUUCUGAGCAAGUUAGUUAUAGUUAGUUAAACUCUCAACAUGUGUACUGUAUAGUUAGCUGCCUGAAUAGUAACAAAUCUGAUUUAGUGGCAGACAUUUAUUAGUAACUCUACCCCCUUCAGCACUGAGGUUUGCUACUGCCACAUUAAUGCAAAAACAUUAAGUGCUAUAUGCACGAUGGGAAUACAUGCUUGCAACAAGUGGUCGACCGAUAUGUUGCAGAAGCAGAUAAAUCUUCCCGUUUUGCCGAUUUGUUUCUUGAGGGCGCUGAGAAAUACAUGUGAAGCCCAAUCACGGUUCGUUUUCUUGUUACAUGCAACCGUGUUACUACAAUAAUAGACCGAUAUGCAACACACUGUCAUUUAAACGGUCCGCAUAUCAGACGCAUUUGAGCUCAUAAUGUUAAAGCGCUCGCCUGGUUCAUUCUCCCUCUCUCUCUCUCUAUAUACACUACUGAACAACAGUUUUGAAACACUUACUUAUUCAUUCUAUAUAUAUAUAUAUAUAUUAUACAUACACCGCCUGAAACUGAUCUUUAAAUAAGAAGUUUGAAUUGAAUGCACUUAGCUGUAUUGAGAGCAGUAGCAUAUCUCCUUGCUCCCUAUUUAGAGAAUGACUUUACCUCCAGUGAGCUGUCUGUCUUCGGUGGUUUCAGGGUUAUUUUCAUCCUAACUCCAUAUAAAGCCUCUAAAAGACACAUUUGUGGAUACAUCCAGUGAUUCUCAAUGCGAUAAUGGACAGUAAAUAUAUUUUAAUUUAAACUUAGCAUACAGUCCACGAAUGUGGUCACAGGGUUUAACAGCAUUCCAUUUUGUGAUAAAUUGCUCCAAUUAAAAAAAAAAAAAUGCAUCUCAUUUGCAACUAGAGAAUAAUUUUUGACUCAAACAGGUUUCAGUGUAAAAACGUAAUUGGGUUUCUUACCAGAUAUAGUUUUGUUGGCAUUUCUCCCAAACACAAACUUCUCUGUGAUCGACACCAUAUUGUUUGAUCAGGACUCAAUGUCGAAAGUUUUACUCUUUACUGACAGCCCAGAGUCUCCUGAAGUGAGAUCAGUCAGUUUAAGUCAAGUCAAUUUUAUUUGUAUAGCACCUUUCACAACACACAUCGUUUCAAAGCAGCUUUUCAGAAGAUCAGCAUUAACAGACGAUAAAACUGUAAUGUCUAUAAAGUCGAUGAAUCAUCAUUGUGUAAUUUAGAUAAAAUAAGAUUCUUAAUCGUGUUUAAAAUAAUGAAAUAAUAACUGUAUUAAUACCCCCAGUUUAAAUGAAAUAAAAUUAUGUGUUGCAUAUAGCAAAGCCAAAAUGUAAUGUCCACGCAUGUGGACACAGGGUCUCAAUGGGUUAAAGCUUAAAACAGCACCCAAAGGUGUCGUGAAAGUUGUUCAUGUGGCUCGUGCAUCAUAUUCUAAGUCUAAAGACAUACAAUCACUUUGUGUGAUGAACUGAUCAAAAUGAAAGUUAUUCACUUCUAAAUCAAAUCAAAAAUGGCAACAACAUCAAACCUCACUGGAAUGAUACAGAAGUCGCACUGACUACUUUUAUGACACUUUUGGAAGCUUUUUAAUCUUUAAAGUGAGUCACUAUCAACUGCUGUUGUAUUGAAAUCAGUGAAUGGAACAUCUUUUAAAAUAUCUCUGUUUGUGUUCGACAGAAGGAAGGGAGUAAUGUGGGUUUGAAAUUACAUGAGGGUGAGUAAAUAAUGAUGGCAUUUACAUUUUUGGGUGAACUAUUUCAGUAAUUUUAUGACAGUAAAUGUAAUAAUAGCAAAUAAUGUUGCCAGUGGUAUACAAGGAGAUGCUCUGGAGGGUGAAAUUGACCUUCGGCCUCGAUGUCCUGGUCAAAAACCCUCCUUAAGGGUGUCACUGACAGCAGUGUUUCAGGAGGGGGGUCCUCCACAAACCACUGCAAUCUUAUAUUCAGACUCCAUUCUGGUAUGACAUGCCCACUUUUUACCAUCCAAACAAUUCUCGAUAGAUAAAAUUAAGUGUCGCCUUUGAACAUCCUGUUUUUUUUUUAUAAAUGCAGCACAUUAUGCAUAAGCAAUGGGUUAUGCAUAAUGUGGGUUAAAAAGCAAUGGGUGUUUUUUAUUUGAAGGUAGAUCUCAUAUAUUGUUGAGAUUAUAAAAUUUCCUUUUGCCAAAGGAAAGAAAAAAAUCAUGCUCCCAACAUUCAUUAACUUUUUCAUACUGCUGUUAAGCUCUACGCUGACUUCAUUGCCAGUUGCUACUAAUGUCAAUUGUUGUUUUCAUGCAUUUUUAAAUUGUAAAUAAAUAGUUUUCAACUGUGUCUUGACAAAUACUAAUAACUAGUGUUAUGUAAUGUAAAUGUAAUGUAAUCAGCAGAUCAUGUUGCUUGUUUUUAUACAUGUGCAGCUACUAGAUAAUAGUGGAAAUACAUAAUUUUUUGUCCUAAACAAAUGGACUAUGAUAUACAGCUGUAUGGUUGAGAAGUACAUUUUUUACGUUAAAUAAACUACAUAUAAUGACAGAA